UUCUUCGAACAUCACUAAAGAUGUCCAAUUUGAAUAGAUCAUUCCCCUUUCAAAGGUGCUUUUGAACCGCCUUUGAUCAAGUUUUCACCUCGAGCGACUUUACCUCAAGUCGCCACAAAAUGCGAGACACGAAAAGUCGCGCGGUUUAACUAAAUAGUUAGCGCAGACGACUCAAAGAGGUUUUACUGGCGUGCUAAGCGCGCCUGUCCCGCGGUCACUUCAAUCCAUCAUCAUCUUUGCUUUCACAACUAAACCCCGCGGGCAAAUAAAUUUCACUCUGAAAUAUAAUAAUAGUGCCCUUCUUUCCCCCUCUGCUUGCUGCCUUUGAAAUCAGCGAACUGUGCUGGCUGGAACUGGAAUAAACGGGGCGGACAAAGCUUGCCUACUGGCAUUUGCUUCUAAUAUAAGCGUGUCUCGGGCGGCGGCACAACGACCAAGCAUUCAACUUCUUGCAGACACAUGUAAAAGGAACCAUGAUGGAGUGUGUAGAGUGAUAUGGGGCACCUCUUAUCAUUUACGAUUCUUUACGACUGAUCAGAUUGUAUCUUUUCUUGUUUACAAUCCUUCUUGGUUGGAAGCUUGUCCUAGCCACGGCCCAGCUUUGAACCAUGGCGGAACUGAUGGAUGUUCUCGAGGAACUGAAAGCCCUCCCGGAGCAGCUCCAUAUGCUCUGUCCCCGCCAAAACGACGAUGAUAUGGGACAGUAUAAUGAUGAACAUGUCCAAUCACUUGACUCCACCAGUCCAGACGUGAAACCCAAUGUCGAAAACCUCAGCCGUAUAUCCGAUGCCGCCUUGCGAAGGCAAAAAUUCCUAUCAUGCAUGCGCCUUCUUGCGUUCAGCGGUGAUGAAGUCGAAAUCCAACAGGAGUGGAUAUGGAGACGGAUCGAGCAUGACCUGGAAAAAUGCGAGCUGUGCAUCAAGGAAUAUUAUAAGGGAAAGGUGUGGCUAAUGGAUAUGCUGGGGGAGAGCUACGAUGAGUUUGAGGUCGAAAAGUUUGGCAAAAUCAUCGAUGAACGGGAUAUCACGCGGAUUGUGAAGAAUUUGGAUCGGGCAACAGAGACAUUGAAGACUGCUGCACCUCAACAGCGGAGUCUUUCGAUCUUGGACCGUGCGGCCUUGUUGUCGAUUUUCGAAGCCAUGAGUUCAAAGGCCAUGUUGAAUGAGGACGAAAUACUCCGCGCCCAUUUUGAUGAGCCGUUUACCUUGGUGCAGAGCAAUCGGACGUUGAAGAUGCCAGAAUAUAUACCUGCGACUACUCGAUUUCUUUUUGAUGCAAAUGAACACCGGCAACGCUGGGCUUUUAAUUCAUGGGGAAGAAUGAAGGCGCCGCCUACCAUACCGGAGUUCGACUGGGCCAUCAAGGAACCGCUUCUUGCAGCUCUUCGUCAAGCAUCCUGCCAACCUGUUCAGCCGGAGCUGGUACAGAGGCUAUGGGCUGGCAUUCAUGCUAUUGUAAAGCGGCUCGAUAAAGAACAAAUUACGCACAACCUUAGAGCUUUGGAAAUCGACCCCUGUCGAUUAUCAGUUGACCACCUUGCCGUUCCGACUCCAGGUUUACGUUCACUAUUAAACACCAUCCAAAUUUUCCUUGAGAAGGCCCCGAGUGAUUUCUGGGAUGCCAUGCAAACCAUUUCCCCGCAAGCUAUCAUUGAACAGAUCUUUUAUAACCCUCAGUUCGAUGAAUUUCUACUUGAGCCGCGCGACGAUGAUGCGUUUGAGAGACCAUCGCCUUUAUCGGAUAUGCUCUCGUGGAUCGAGCCUUUCAUGGCUUCCCUUAAAGGGGCACAUCAACCUCAAGCAUGCCGAGUGCUUAUUUUCCAACUUCUCACCAGGCUACAGGAAUCCCGCUUUCCAGCCAUUUCGAGAUAUACUUGCUUUCGAAUCGGACUCUCUACUCUCGUUUCCACAUUGCGGACCUUCACAGAUAACGAGUCAACGAGAGGUUCGGUCGCCAGGGUUGUUCUAUCCGACACGCUUGAAGUUACCAGCGAUAAUAUCAAUCAUUUCAUGGAGCCUCCUGACUUUCAAAUCGAAGGAAACAAGAAGGUUAUUUCCGGCUUAUGCGUGGAUGUUAUUCGAAACGCCCUUGCCCUGGAGUGUCAGUCCCUGAAGUCUGAUUACGAGGUGAUCCUUCGUCAGAAACCCAUGGCACAUGGCGUGAGCACAUACUCUGCUAAGAUUUGGGAUGCAGUUGUCCAGCACUUGGAUGAGGAUAACCUCGGGCUGUCCAACGCGGCUCUCAUGGGUAUCUUGCCCCUUGUUGGACUGGAAAAGUUCUCCACUAAGGGCGAGAAUAGCAAAGAAAAAACGCAUUUCAACGUAAUCUACGGACAUUUGACACACCUUGCCUGUCAGAUCCUUGAAAGGCUAGCUGACUUCAAGCCGGAACAUCUGGAUCAUUUAUUUAAGAGCCAUGACACGAAUGGCUCGUUGAUAUCGGCCCUUUUUUCUGCAGAUUUAAACACUUAUCAGGCUGCUGUAGAUCUUAUCAAAGCUAUCAGUGGCCAGUCUGGCCGCAAAGAAGCAAUAUCUCACCUUCUACAGUCCUUCUGUGCAACAACGAUGUACGGGUUCAGCUUCUCGUUCCGACGAAUAUCCAACAUGAGAACCUUUGCAUCUGCGCCUCGAAUGCUUAAAACUGGAACUGAUAUUAUAGAUGUGCUAUGUGACUCUGAAACAGGAAUUCUUAGAACCCGAAAACUGGUUGAUCGUGUGGAAGCCGUUUCGCUUCAAAGAUUAUGGGAGUAUCAAUGGCAAGCUCUCACCACUAUAUUCCAGCAGACGGAAACCUGGCAUUUGAUGGGGAACGAUAGGAUGGUUAUGCUAGAAUUCUGCCGCGAUACUAUCCAAUUUGCGGACCUCCUUUUCAACCAAUUCACUAUUUUUGCCAGCAGUAUUUCCGAAUUUGAUCCGUCCGAGUCCAAGUCGGCUAGGGAAAACUUAGUCAAAGCACCUGCCGCCACAAUGGGUUCAAUGGUUAAAUGGCUUCGUUUGAAGGAUGAUUAUUUAGCGACUACUUUAGUAGGGCUUGUUGCGAAGCUUCUCCGCCGCAUGGGAGAACUAGACGUAACUCUGGCUCCAGACACUUUGAAGUAUAUUGAAGAUGUGGCUCGGACAUCCUCGAUCAAAACUAUCAUAACUGCGCAGGAAAAGGCUGAGCUUGUGAGAGCUCUAGAGUCAUACUAUAGAAAGCCAUUCGUAACGGUGCCACCGGCUGCUGUUCCAAAGAAGAAACAAAGUACCAUCACCUCAUAUGCAAAGCCGAUCGAUCUUACUGGUAUUUCAAGCCCCUCCAGGAUUUCUGGAAGUGAUGAGGAUGAAUUCGACGAUGAAAUCCCAGAUGAAGUGCUCAUGCAACUCUCGGGAUCCGUGGAGCUCAACAAGGCCCGUAUUGCUGCACAAAAACGCCCUGAGAAGCCUGCCAUUCCAUCAAAAAGUGUGCCUAGGUCGAUCAAACCCGUCACAAACGUCCUAUCAUUUCGUGAGAAACGUGAAAGAGAGAAGGAAGAGAAGAAGCGGCGUGAUAUGGCCGAGCUGGCUCGGUUGAAAAAGAAGAUGAUCCCGUCCCAAACUGCCAAUCAAGGCUCUGGAUUGCAAGGAAUUACUGUUAAUAUUGACGAGCAUGGACCUGUUGAGAGUAUGAUGGUCUCCGGGUCAGAUUCGGAUGACGAUAGCGAGGAGGAUGAUGAAGGAGAUGUGUUCGGACGAAAGGCGAUGUCUAAGCCGGAUGCCGUAAAGGCAUAUGAAGAGAGUAGGAAGAAGUUACUAAGCCAACGCGGUCCUGUUAAGAAAACCAAAAUUGUGCGGUCUGCUAAGGAUAUGCGCGCGAGGCUCUCUCCAGAUCUGUCACUGCUUCAUAGGACUUUGCUGAGCUGGGAAUUCUUCGCAAAUGGUGACCUUCCUCCGAAUUCUGGUCGUACAGAUUAUAGUCUCGUUUCGAAUACUUUCUCUGACGCGGCGGAUUACCAAAGAACUUUCGAGCCCCUGUUGAUAUUAGAAGCAUGGCAAAGUUUCCAGUCAGCGAAAGAAGAAGGCGGUUUCAAAGCCUUUGAAAUUAAAGUUUCAAACCGCAUGUCUGUGGAUGCCUUUGUUGAGGUUACUACCUUCAUGCAACCUGCGGAGGCUAAGGAUUUGGGAUUGGGGGAGUCAGAUUUAGUUCUGUUAUCGAAGGCGAGCAACCCAACCUCUAAUGAAAAGGCCCCUCAUUGUCUUGCAAGGAUUUUCCGGUCGAGUAAAAAGAAAGGAAUGAUGGAAAUUUCCUAUCGCAUAAAUCCUUCGAAUCCACUCGUCAAUUCAAUUUUACCGGGAACUUCUAUUUUUGGCGUUCGGGUCACGUCUUUGACACCCGUGGAAAGAGAAUACGGAGCCUUGAUGGCACUAAAGUAUUACGAUUUGAGUGAGGAAAUCAUUAGAGCCAAGCCGUCGCCUAUAUUGAACUAUUCACCAGAGUCUCUGAAGCCCAUCAUUGACACCUACAAUGUAAACCCAGCCCAGGCUAAAGCUGUCAGGUCGGCUAUGGAUAAUGACGCUUUCACAUUGAUUCAGGGCCCUCCUGGUUCGGGCAAAACGAAAACAAUUGUCGCCUUGGUUGGUGCGAUCUUGACCCCUGUAUUUGCUGAGCAAAAGAUUGCUCGCCCUGGCUCAUCGGUCAAUUUAAAACCAGCUACACGAACCACGAACUCCAAGAAGCUACUUGUUUGUGCACCGAGUAAUGCAGCAGUUGAUGAGUUGGUCAUGCGAUUCAAGGAGGGGGUUGUCACAUCGAGUGGACAAAAGCAAAAUAUCUCUGUUGUCCGCCUCGGGCGAAGCGAUGCGAUAAACUCGAAUGUCAUUGAUGUAACUUUGGAUGAGCUUGUGAACGCAAAGCUUGGACAAAAUGGUCGCAAAAACGGUAAUGAGAAGGACCUACAAACUUACUACUCGGAGCACAAAGAGGCCUGUACUCAAUUCAACGAAGUCCGCGAUAGACUUGAUCAGUGCCGUGCUAAGGGGCAAGGCGUUCCAUCAGAGCUGGAGCGGGAAUUCGAUCUGUUGAAACGGAAGAAAGCACAGCUUAGUCAGGCUAUUGAUAAUGCCAGGGAUAGUAACCAGGCAGCUGCCCGCAAUGCUGACCUUGCAAGAAAAAAGGUUCAGCAGGAGAUCAUUGAUGGAGCGCAUGUAAUAUGUGCAACUUUAAGCGGAAGCGGCCAUGAAAUGUUUCAGUCACUGAGCAUCGAAUUUGAAACGGUUGUUAUCGAUGAGGCGGCACAGUCUAUUGAGCUUAGUGCUCUUAUCCCUCUCAAGUAUGGUUGUUCCAAAUGUGUCCUCGUCGGUGAUCCUAAGCAAUUGCCGCCAACUGUUCUGUCGAAAGUCGCGUCACGCUUCCAGUAUGAACAGAGUUUGUUCGUCAGAAUGCAAGCCAAUCACCCUAAAGAUGUACAUCUUCUCGAUACCCAGUACCGAAUGCAUCCGGAAAUCAGCCGUUUCCCAAGCGCUGCAUUUUACGACGGACGGCUUCAAGAUGGGCCGGGUAUGGCUAAACUACGCGUUCGGCCAUGGCAUAAGAGUGAGCUUCUGGGUCCAUAUCGGUUUUUCGAUGUGCAAGGACUGCAUUCGAGCGCUCCAAAGGGCCAUUCGUUGGUAAAUGUAGCAGAACUUCGCGUGGCGAUGAAACUCUACGAGCGGUUGAUUACUGAUUACAGGACUUACGACUUUACGGGCAGGAUCGGAAUUAUAACUCCGUACAAAGGUCAACUUAGAGAAAUGAAAAAUCAGUUUGCAAACAAGUAUGGGAAUUCAAUUUUCACCAAGGUCGAGUUUAAUACCACGGACGCAUUCCAGGGGCGAGAGUGUGAAGUUAUUAUCUUCUCUUGCGUGCGAGCGUCAAACCGUGGCAUCGGUUUCUUGGCUGAUAUUCGCCGCAUGAACGUCGGGUUGACUCGUGCAAAAUCAUCACUUUGGGUGCUUGGGAAUUCACAAUCACUCGUCCAAGGCGAAUUUUGGAACGGGCUGAUUACUGACGCUCAGUCGAGAAAUCUGUAUACCCAAGGAGAUGUCUUGCAUCUCUUGCAGAAGCCGCAAAUCAGUCUGGAUAAGGAGUUGGGAGAUGUGGAGAUGAUCGACGCUCCGAGCGCGAAGAGCUCGACGCCGUCGAGAACUGGAUCUGUGACGCCGGGUGGGAAUGGAAGUAGCCGUCCGUCCUCUGCUCUUUCAAUAGGCCGCCUCUCCAGCAUUCCUGACAACCACCCUACUUCCUCCAGAGACACACCAGGCCACAGCCCAAAACUAGUGCCUUCCACUGGACCCGAAGGGCCUUCAGGAGGAAAGUUUGGCUUGAAUGAAUUAGCCAUGUGUGGAUUCUGCGGGAGCUACGAGCAUAUGACGACAAACUGCGAUAACACGGAGGCCAAGUUGGCCAGCCGCGGUGCCUGCUGGCGAUGUGGAGAUGUUUCGCACUCCAAGCGAGAUUGCGAGGCAGAACGCUGCUUCCAGUGCGGCGGCAUUGGGCAUUUAGCGCGCGCAUGCACAUCAAUAGUUGUUCUCUCCAAACGGGAGAAGGAUAGAAUCGCUCGCGAGGAGCAUCAACAUGCUCAGGUCCUAAAAGCAAAUCUCGAACGGCAGCGGAAAAGACAGCUUGGCGACCACGAUCCGAAAGUGCCAGUUAUCCAAGUGCCCCCGAAAAUUGCCUCAAAUGUGCCGUCAUCUGCAGUAUUGCCUAAUCAAAAACGGGACUUACCAAAUACUGAUCAGCGAAAUUCCGGCAAGCGGAAACGGAUGGAAACAGAGCCUCCUAAUCCCCGCACAAAUGUGAAAGUUCGAAAACCCAAUGCGCAGUUUAACGCUCAAUUCGGUGCACCUAUGAAUGCACCAAAGGGGCCGCGAGGGAAGAAAAUAGAUCCCCAUAUUGUUACUCCUCCCACCAGCGAUCUGGUGAUACCCUCAAAAUCUGGCCAGCGACAUCAGCCGAUAGACUCCAAAACCCAACAACCUCCGCGUCCUCGUCCUGGGACAGGACCGGAGAAACAGACGGCAAAUACCGCCCAGCCACCACCUUCCACAUCACGUCCUAAUAAGCCGCCUCCGCGUCCAAAUGCCGAAGGCAGAGGUCCGCUACCCAUGAGAAAGAAGAAGCCAACCAGCAUAUUUAUUCAGCCAAAAAGAAGAUAGAAAAAAAAAAAAAAAAUCAUUAUUCUCUUUUGCCGUUACUCCUUUUCUAGACGGCGUUGUAUUAUAUUUCACUUUUUUUCUCUAUCAUUUGAGGAGGGAGCCGCUAUUUCGCUUUACCUUUGCAUGGAUGAUCGCACAUUACAGCGCAUAGACACUAUUUUUAUUUGAUUUGAACUGCGGCGUUUGGGGUUCGUCCUUUUUUGAUAACGUUUCUCAUGGCUGUUGAUUUGUUUUUGUCACUUAUUCCAUCGUUUUCCCAAUGUUGUUUUCCACUUUCUUCUUUGUUUACUUUAAAUUUUCGUUUAUCUAGUCCUUAUCCUUCGAAUGCGUUAUCAUCCAGAACAAGAAACUGGGGCGACGAGAGCAACGAAGCAAGACGAAGAAGGCAUCCGGGCGGCGUUGGUAACACUAUUCUUUUGAUGGAAGAUGUAAAGCUUGAUUGAUUGAAGAUUGCUAGCUAAGCAAGAAGUUAUAUGAAGGAAGGAGGACUCCUAAGUGCAGACCAAAUGGUCUGGCAUAUUUUGUUAUGUUUUCUACGUGGUUCCUUUAUCAAAUACUUCAACUUACGACGGACGUGGUCACAAAGUAGUUUUUGGUGUUCACCUCUUUUAUUUCAUCCCAUACCAAUUAAUCUUUUUUAGAGGCAUGUUUCUAGUCUGGCAGAGUUAUAUACCCACACAAAAUCGGGCGUCUUCAGAUUCUAGCAUUUAUUAUUUUUUAUACUCCCUACAUUCAUUUAACCACCAAGGCAAUUGGGGUAUAUCGAAAGAUUCAUUUUUCGAUGACACUACUUUUAUUCGCCUUCGUCCCAUUCGUCUAAAUUGGGAUUGACUACUACAGGGUGGGUAACCUAUCAUAUCUGUCACCGCCACUGUAGUCUUCGUUCUGAACAGGCCAGCGUGUUGAUGAUGCAUGCGCAAGUUCACGAGUUGCAUGUGCAUAAAUAUCACGACUCUACUCGAGGAAGUGUUGUUUCACCCUCG